AUGUUGUGGGCUACCACGCUCGUUUGCCUGGUGCUCGUGAGUCUCUAUGUAAAAGCAGAUUAUGGCUGCUCAGAAGACCUUACUCAGACUGACAAAACAAGGAAGAUAUUCCUCGAUUUCCAUAACGAUGUUCGUCGGAACAUAUCUACCGGAAUUCAGCCGAAUAGACCGGUUUAUAGCCGGUUCCUCGGACCAGCUAAGAACAUGUACAAACUGAAAUGGGACUGUGACCUGGAGAAAAAAGCACAGUACCAGGUCUCCUCAUGCACUUUCAAAGUUCCACCCGGAAUGUGCCGUUUGUCAAUGUCUCAAAACAGUAUAAGCGUUAAUUACGUAAACGGUAAGGAAGAAGAGGCCUUAAGAUUCGCUCAGAAAAAUUGGAUGAACCCCGUGACCACGUAUGGAGUACCACCCAAUCGCAAGUUCUUCUACAGACUCGAAACUUUUGCCAACAUAGCGAAUCACAAAAAUAUGAAGCUCGGAUGUGCAUAUAAGGUCUGCGGCUCCGAGAUGCUGGUAGCCUGCAUUUAUGGCACUAAAAGAAUACCACCGAUGCAAGAGUUGUGGGAAAAUGGAAGAACCUGUGAGUGCGACGCUCAUCCCGACUCAUUUUGCUCGAACGGUAUUUGCGAAACUAACAUGGUGAUGAAACCUGAAACCAAAACAUCUACUAAGAAGCCCAGGCCACCAGUGGAGGGACCAGAUUCAUGCAAAGCCAAUACCGGAAUGACAGAUGACCUCAGAGAGAUUUUCCUCAAAAAACAUAACUACUACAGAUCAUUCGUUGCGAAAGGAUUGGCGAAGGACAAGUUCGGUGGAUACGCUCCCAAAGCAGCAAGAAUGCUUAAGAUGGUGUAUGAUUGCGAAAUCGAAGCAAACCGCAAACUCGCAGCGCCUAUCAUGCGAGAAUGCACGAUGUCGGAACCCAUUCGCCAUUCAAAGCCGACAGAUUCGGCUGUCUUGGCCUGCGAUAAGUUCUUCGCUGAAUUAAAAGACCAUGGUGUUGGACAAGACAACAUACUCACUAACGAACUGUUUAUCGACAGCAAAAGAGCAGAUUGGUACAUCUUACGACUAGAUGGUUUGGCAGAGUAG